AUGCUAGGAGAGUCGGAAGAGAAUGGACCAGAAGUGAUACGGCGAGCCGGGCUCACGCCAAGCUGGUCGCCGCGGGGCGACCUGGGAAUGCAUGAGCCGAUCGCCGGGGGCGACCUGUCCUUGCGUCGUGCUGGUCGCCAGGGGCGACCUGUCCUCGCGUCGUGCCGGUCGCCGGGGUCGACCUGUCCUCACGCGCUGGUCGCCGGGGGAGACCCGAGAAGACCCAUCGUCAAGCUUCUCGGCUAUUUCGACGAUUCAGAGGAAAAUGGGGCUCUUCUUCUCGAAUAUCUUCCUCAAGGAAACCUACAGGAGAAUCUACAUAGCAACAGCAAACAAGUCUUGCCAUGGAGGAACCGCGUCGCCAUUGCGUUUCAGCUAGUUCAAGCCAUUGAACACAUUCACGAGAAAUGUAUCCCUCAGAUCGUGCACGGGGACAUCAAAUCUUCCAACGUACUUCUAGACAAAAACUUCAACUCUAAGCUCUGUGAUUUCGGGUCAGCUAAAGUCGGGUUCUCUUCAAUGGUUCAGCCUUCUGCGAUCUCACCAAGAUCCAGACAUGUUACGAUGGUGGGAUCUCCGGGCUACACAGACCCUCACUACUUAAGAACCGGGGUUGCUUCUAAGAAGAUGGAUAUGUAUGGGUUUGGAGUUGUAGUUCUUGAGUUGAUUUCCGGAAAAGAAGCGCUUUCUGCUGGCAAUGGCGAGAUGCUGGUUCAUGUAGCGGCUCCACUUAUGCAUGAGAUUCUGGAUUCAAGUAUAGACAUUACAGAAGACAGUGUGAGAGGGUUUUUGGAUCCGAGGAUGUUAAGAGAUAGCAUUGAUAUCGAUGAAGUGAAGACAAUGCUUGGUGUGGCUGCGCUCUGUAUCAGCAGCCCACCAUCUCUAAGACCUUCAGCUUCUCAAGUGACGGAAACUCUCAUACAGAAGAUCCCAUCUUUGAGUUUCCUUGGUUCUGGUAAAAGAGUGUAAUUUGAAGGCAUCCAAUGAUUUGGAUGGCGUUUAAAUUUUUGUUUGAAUAGGGCUGUGUGAAACUAUGUAAAUAACUAAAUACUCUUUGUUUUCUGAUGUGAAUAGGAUGGAUUCGAACUUGUAUUGAGGGGUGUCAAUAGCUGAAUUUUACCAUAAACGCCAAACACUUCUUGCAACUUUUA